AUGUCUGGUGAUCUCGAACAUCUUCAGUCUCAGAUUAGCACUGCCUUGUCCAAUCCCUCCCCCCUCGCUCCUUACACUUCCACUGACAUUAUCAAUCAUCUGGAACUCGAAUACCAAGUCACCACUGGUUCCCUUUUGGGUCCUUCCUCUGUUCCUGCCAGUUCUGCUCUUGUUGCUGCACCAGUUAAACCAUCUUCUUCCAAGUCCUGCGCCAACUGUAAGCAUACGGGCCAUGUCCUUGACAAUUGCUUUCAGCCUGGUGGUAAGAUGGAAGGCAAACAUGAUGAGGUCCUUGCUUGCAAACAUCUUGCUCAUGACCAGAAAUGCAACAAGCCUCACAGCUCCAGUACAUUUAAAUAUCCCACCAGAUGUGCUUUCUUCGUUGACUCUGAUGGCUCAGCUCAUUAUCUCGCUACUUCACCUCCACCUACUUCCUCUCUUGAGAUUGUCACUCUGGCAACAACGUCGCCUUCUUGGCUGGCAGAUCAUGCUAAUGGGAAUGACUCUGUUCUUAGUGCAGUUGCUUCCUCUCCUCAAUCGACUCUGCUCCCUCCCUCUUUCUUCUUUGACUCUGGUGCUUCCACUCACCUCACCCCUUGUCAAUCCAAUUUUGUCAGUUUUUGCUCUAUUCUACCAUGUGGUAUCCGUGGUGUGAAUGGCUCUGUAAUUUAUGCAUUGAGCAUUGGUCGUGUCUCUUUGUCUCUGCCGACUGGUUCCACACUGGCCCUUGAUGACGUCCUGUUUGUUCCUCAGGCCACUGUUCAUCUUCUCUCUAUCUCUGCCUUAUGCAGUUCUCCCUCACAAUACCAUGUUGUUUUUGAUCACACUGGUGUUUGUUGA